AUCAAGUUGAUUAGUUGAUUUAAUCAAACUUUGAGUUGGAAUCUGAAUUGUGUUUGUUUGAUUUUUUCAUUCUGUAUUCAAAUCAAUAAUUAACUUUUACAAUCAGUUGUGUCUACACAAUGACAAUCAACGAUUAACAAUCAGUCAAUAGUUAACUAAUUAAUCAGUUUCUGUAAUCAAGUGAUGAUCAAGUCAAAAUUAACAUUGGACUUUGAAAAUAAUGUUAUCAGUGAUUGUGGUUUUGUUAAUUAUACCAUUGGUCAUGGAAGCUCAACAAUUAAGUACAAAUUAUUACAGAGAUCAGUUAGAUGGAAACGGAUUAUCAAAUCAGUGGAUAUCCCAAUCUCAUCCUCAUCCUCAUCCUCAUCAUCUUAUAUCAUCAGCAAAUCCAUCAACAAUACCAUCAUCACAAUUAGUAUCACCAUCAUUUCAUCAACAACAAUCAUUGGCUGAAUCACAAUUAUCAUCAUCACCAUCAGCAUCUUCAUCAUUUUCCCAAGAUCAAUUUCAAGGUGAACAGUUAAGCCCUUACAAUGAUGAUCCAUCCGUUAAUCCUUUCAUAAGCAAUGAUGUUUAUCUUAAUCAAAAGCCGAUGAUUAUUGAUAAUAAUCUUAACUCUGCAACUUCACUCUCACAACCACAAGUUAAUCAGCAGCUUCCAAUUCAAUCACCUUCGCCUUUAUCUUCACUUUCACCUUUAAUCCAAACACCAAUUCAAAGGCGACUCUUUAAUCCAAUAAAUCGGAUUAUAUUAACCCUUUUGGGCCCACGUUUAAUGAGAUACCAAAUGGAUAUGGUUGUUCAAGCGGUCAUGUCGGAAGUGAUCAGGAAAAUGAUUGGUCCAGUUUUAACGGCAAUAGCUGGACGAUUUGUUGACCCGAAUGGUCAGCAAAAUGGUCAACACAAUCAACUCAAUCCAAAUUCACUCACAUUAUCAGCAGCCUUGAAUAGCCUCGGGGCUGGUAAUGGUGGUGGGGCAGGAGGUGGAGGUGGUGUUGGUAUAAAUAAUGGACAACAACAACAACAACACUCAAUCCCUCAAAUCACCUUGGUACCCAAUCAAUUGCCUAAUGGACAAAUUCAGCUAAUUAUUAAACCAGGAGGAGGGUCAGCAAUUGAUUCAUUGCAACAACAGCAACAAUUAACUAAUUUACAGCAAUUAACUCAAAGCUUAAUCAUGCCGGUAACACCAACACCACCACCAACAUCAUCACCACUCAAUCAACCUCAACUUUACUCUUCGGCUCAACUUCAAGCUACACUUAAUCAGCAAAUUGCCCAACAAUUAGCUGGUAAACUUCCGGAACAAUUAAUUCCCCAAGUAUCUCAACAGAUUCAAGCUCAACUUCAGGAUAAAUUACCCAACAUACAUUUACAAGUUCAACAACAAUUAUCAUCUCAACUUGCUAAUUUACAGCAACAAUUAGGUGUCCAUCAUCAACAACAAACCUUACCAAUGACCGCAGCUCAACUGGCACCGCCUACAACAAACUCACCAGCAUCUUUAGCAUCACUUUCAACCGGAACCUCAUCAAUUCCCCUUCCGCCUUUAUCUUCAUCCUCAUCCCAACCUCCACCUCCCUCUACCAUUCAAUCAUCAUCUCCAACAUCAUCUUCCUCAAAUGGUAUACAAACUAUUCUGGUUCAACCCAUGUCUGGCUCUGGAUUAACUGGAUCACCAAUUUAUGGUUCAAUUAAUCCGCAAUCAUCUCGAGCAAUUGGAUUAGACUCACCUAGCGACUCAUUUAAUUACAAUCUUGUCAACAGCAAUAAUCAAAAAUCAAUUGAAAAUAUGAUUGGUUCUUAUUAUGUAAAAUUAAAUUCACCAACAUCAGCAAACCAGCAACAACAAUCAAUGGUUAACAAUCAACAAUAUUAUUCACAAUCAAACAAUUAUGGACAAACUGAUUUAACUAAUUCUGGACAAUUAAUGGCUCAUCAUCAUCAUCAAAAUCAAUUGAACCUACAAUCACCUAAUAAUCAACAACAACAGCAACAAUUCAAAGUUAUCCUUAAUCCAGUUGACCAAAGUGAUUCAAAUUUACCUGAAGAUGGACAAUCAAACCCAACAAUUAACCAACAACAUUUUCAUCACCAUCAACAACAACCAAAUACAUUUUACUCAACCAACAAUCAGCAAAUGACAUUAACACCUCAAGGAGGCUCAAUUAAAUCAACAGUCGAUGAUAAUAAUAACAAUCAAGAAAUUAAUAAUGUUAAUCCAAUAUCUACCUUAGUUAAUACUGAAUCAACUAAUUUGGAUGAAAAUAAUAACAAUUUAACCACAUUAUCAGCUGAUAUUAACCAAUAUAAUAACAUAAGAAAUAUAAUUCAACAGAAUGAACAAAAUCAGAUUAAUUCAAAUUCAAAUUCAGAGUCAGAAUCAAAUUCAUCUAAUGAAUCUAAAGCUUCAAAUGAUGGGACAAUUUCAUCAACUAAAGUAACUGAAAAUUCAUCAUCUUCAUCUCCAUCACAAUUGGAAUCAGAAUCACCAAAUCAACCAGAAUCAACUCAAGAAACUCAGGUUCCAAUAACCUCAUAUUCCCAUGGUUCAGGGUAUAAGGUUUCACGUUACCCUCCAAUCCCAGAGACUCGGUAUCAAUCAAUUACAGAUGAAAAUGUUAACAACAACAAUAACAAUUUAUCACCUGAAAAUCAGUAUCAACAAUCAACUGACACCAAAUCAGAAUCAGAAUCGGAAACGGAAACACAAAAAGAUGAAUCAAAUGUAAAUGAAAAUGAUUCAAUACCUAAUCCAUUAGGAAGACAAUCAACUAAUAAUAAUAAUCAAGAAUCCCAAGUAACUACAGGAAAUAUUGAUGAAAAAGAUAAUCAUCUGAAUAACAAUGAGAUAAAUGAUGAUAAUGAUACAGAGGAAACUGUUAAUCAUGAUGAUUUACCUGAACAUUUGAAACACAUGAGAUCAAUGAGUCGAGAUAAUUUGAUCAAUAAUUUCGAGACUAAUCAAAGGCUAGUUAAUCAAUUAAAGAAUAAAGUUAAUUCUGGAUUAACGGAAAUAGAGGAAGCAGAAAGAGCGAUCCGUUGGAACACAGUUCUCAAGAAUUUGGAUAAAUAUAAUGGGAUUAAAAGAUUAUCUUAGAAAGCGAGAUUAUCUUAUCGAAGAUUCUGAAACUUUAAUCAACUUUCCAUUGGAAUAAUUUACUAAUCACUUCUCAAAGAAUAUCCCACUUUUAAUCUCCAAUCAAUUGACAUUCUUAAUUUAAACUCUGUAAUUUUGUAAUCCCUUUUAUCCUCCAAUUAAUUAAAUUAACACACUUGAUUAGAACUUUUUUUUAUUCGAAAUGAAAAAGUUCCAAUUGACAUGAUUACCGUUAAGUGGCGCCAAUGAUUUCACCUUAA